ACAGUGCCUCAGGGAGAGAGGCACCCUCUGAUAACCAUCUGUGGAAGUUUUGCAACACGUGUGUGCAUCCUUCUGGGCUGAGCGCUGAGCAGUGCCCGCCUCUUUGGGCCUGAGCCUGCGUGGCAGCUCAAAUACCAUAGGUGUGUCCGGCAGGGGCAGAGGGCUGAGGACUCUGCCAGAGAUGAACCCAGACAUGCGAUGAAGCCAGGGGGCCCUCGGGACCAGAUGCUGCUCGCGCAUCUGGGGGCUUCUUCACCUUGUCCUAGCGGAGCUCUACAGGCCCGGGCGCGCUGCCUGAGCCGCCCGUGGGAGCCCCAGCCAACAGGGGAGAACUGGCCACGUUCCAGGCUCUGGGCUGGCAGGGAAGCUCAGCAGCCAGUUCCAACAGGAGGGCAGCCCCAGCUCGGGCAGGCCCGCACUGAGGGGUGACUUCUCACUAUAGGAAGCCCCAGGCUGAGGAGAUGGAAGAACAGGUGUUCAAGGGGGACCCGGACACCCCUCAUUCCAUCUCCUUCUCCGGAAGUGGCUUCCUCUCCUUCUACCAGGCUGGGGCCGUGGACGCCCUGCGGGACCUGGCCCCCAGGAUGCUGGAAACCACCCACCGCUUUGCUGGGACGUCGGCAGGCGCCGUGAUUGCGGCCCUGGUCAUCUGCGGGAUUGAGAUGGGCGAGUACCUCAGAUUCCUUAAUGUGGGUGUGGCUGAAGUGAAGAAAUACUUCCUGGGGCCCCUGGCCCCCUCCUGCAAGAUGGUGCAGAUGAUGAGGCAGUUUCUGUACCGGGCCCUGCCUGAGGACUCCUACAAGGCUGCCACGGGGAAACUCCACGUCGGCCUCACCCGGCUCACGGACGGAGAGAGUGUUGUGGUCUCAGAGUAUAGGUCCAAAGAAGAGCUCAUCGAGGCCCUCUACUGCAGCUGCUUUGUCCCUGUGUACUGUGGUCUCAUCCCCCCGACUUACCGUGGUGUGCGGUACAUCGAUGGGGGCUUCACGGGCAUGCAGCCCUGCUCCUUCUGGACUGACUCCAUCACCAUCUCCACCUUCAGCGGGCAGCAGGACAUCUGCCCCCGGGACUGCCCCGCCAUCUUCCAUGACUUCCGCAUGUUCAACUACUCCUUCCAGUUCUCCCUGGAGAACAUCGCCAGGAUGACCCACGCCCUGUUCCCCCCAGACCUGAUGGUCCUGCACAAUUACUACUACCGAGGGUACGAAGAUGCCGUUUCGUACUUAAGGAGGCUGAAUGCUGCUUACAUUAAUUCUCCCUCCAAGAGAGUGAUUUUCCCCCGGGUGGAAGUGUACUGCCGGAUAGAACUCGCCCUUGGCGAUGACGGUCCUGAACGCAGUAAACCAAGCCGCCAAACCGAGCAGGCCAGUCUGGAAGAACCCACGCAACCUCACACUCAGCAGGCUCCCAAAGGGGAAGGAAGCGGUGGCCACGGUCCACCUGUGUCCCCACCUGAACAGACACCUGACUCCGCACAGGAGUGGACUGUGGAGUCACCCGUUUCACCACCUGUCUCUUCAUUUGAGCAGUCACCUGCAUUGCCACCGGCCUCCUCAUCCUCACAUUGUCCAGCUGACUCACUGCCUGUAUCACUUCCAGCCUCGCCCUCACCACCCAGCUCAAUACCUGACCUACCACCUGUGUCACCGCAGCAGCAGGCACGACCGACUGGAUCGCCACCCCGAUCUCCACCCUCCCAGUCAUCUAUGUCACUCAGGCCACCUGUGGGGCCUUCCGCGGUGGAGACACCUCAAAUGUUGCCUCCAUGUUCUUCCGCAUCACCUGCACAGUCACCCGUUGAGGGCCUGGGCUCAGAACAGCCCCAAGUUCCUCUUGCCUCAUUAAUUCCCCCAAGUACGGGGCCCCUGGUGAGUGUGAAGGAGUCCACCAGCAAGCCAGACACCUUAGCGAGCCCCGCUGCAGGCCCCCGCUGGGCCAGCGAGGUAUUCAAGAAGAACAAACCGAAGGCAAGUGGCCUGAGAAAAGGCUUCCCAAGACAACCACGAUCCAAAAAACCAGGCAGCAAAGUGCACAUACUAAAAGCUCAAGUUGGAACUCCCGGACUCCACCUCGGCCGCUUGUUGGAAUCCCCUGAUGGCACUGAGCUAGCGUCAGGCUUCCAAGCUCCUCGGGGACCGUCUGGCACAGCCGUGUCCAGCUGGUGGCCCUGGACUUCCUGGAGUCCUGGUGUAGUGCUACAGGAAAUCAGGGGGUCAAACACCCCUGCCCCGCCUGCCCCCUAGCCAGAAUGAGGGCAGACUCAGCUGUUCACACCAAAGUGAAAAUGUUCCAUGAUAAGGACACCUUUGGCCUCAGUUUUUCCAGCCUGUUCAGAAAAAAAUUAGCUCCUCUGCUCCCCAGAGUGCACAUAACCUCCCGCCCCAGCCAGGCCCAGUGCAGGAGCCCAGGCUGUCCCCAGGCCUGAGACGUAUUUGCCUAACAAAUCCUGGAACACACAUCCCUGGGGGCUGGGUGGAAGACAGCCCUGAACCCAGCUGGGGCACCUGGGAGGACUCUCAGGAACUUAGCCGUGGAGGGUGGGGCUGUUAUGGCCAAGAAGCCCCAGGGAGCCUUCUUUUAACAGGCCGGAGCAGAAUUAAGUCUCCAGUGUCCUUGGACCUCCUGCUCACUCUGAUUCUGUGGCCCAGACCAGUCAAGGGAAGCGCCCGGGUCCUGUGGAGUGACCCACCCAGCCACAGGCCUUUCCUCCAGGAGUGGCCUCACCUUUGGCGGGUGGCCGUGGGCCCAGAGGCCUGAGACGCAGGAACCAGGGAAGGGAGCCUAUCAGUCUGGCACAGCUCAGGAAUGUGCAUUGUUUGGCGUGCAAGGGAGAAGCGAAUGUGGUGCUAGCUGCCUUCUUACCCCGAAGCCGCUAUCAUGUUCGUUCUAAGUAUCAGUAAAGCCCCUCGGAUGUUUUCCUCCAUUUUGCUUAAUUUCCUCUUUCCCCACUUUGAGGUGAUCAAGAGAAUCGUUCUUGCGUUAGUUGCAGGGUUGCCGGGUAAAAUACCAGAAGCUUUGUUAAGUUUGAAUUUCAGAUAAACAGUAAAUAGUUAUUUAGUAUAACUAUGUCUCCAGUAUUACAGUUAUUUUUGUGUGUGUGUAUCUGAAAUUCAAAUUUAACUGGGGCCCGAUACUUUUAUUUGCUAAAUUUGGCAACCCCUAAUUAGUUCUUUUCUCCUUUUUAUGCUUAAA